GGAAAGAGAAGAGAGGGAACUGAUGUGCACAUGACAUUCUCUGACACUGCCUGUUGAUUGGGUCGGAAGAAGUUUUGCCGCAAUUAAAUGACACGCAGAGAGGAAAGCAAUUACACUGCGGACUAAUUUAUUGUCAUGAACGCGCAGGAGCUUCCCAGAUAGACGCGCAAAACUCCAUCGACAUAAAACCGGCGAGAAGGAUAGGUAAAUGUUUUAAAUGGCGAAUAACCGAACCUCCUUUUCCAUCCACAAUAUUUUAAACCAAGGACAUGAAUGUGGGAAAAACGGCAGUUUUGAUGAGGAAUACGAGGGAGAGAAAAGGACACAGGACUCAGGCUCAUCUGUGCCGGUGAACCGCGGAGCCGAAAGCGCACAGACGCGCAUCUCUUCCUGCGUGCUCGUGCUCGAGUCUUUAUCAUCAGACCAGCAUUCAUGCGAGGAAGAAUCAACAGGAGAAGAUAAUUCACUGGAAAGGCGACAUGAUCAUGAAAUGGACCAACAGAAACCCCAGAGCUGCAGCUUUGAAGACAGCAACCCUAAAUCCAGCAAGAAAAGAUCUCGGGCAGCAUUUUCCCACGCACAGGUGUACGAGCUAGAGCGACGCUUUAACCUGCAGAGAUAUCUGUCUGGCCCAGAGCGAGCAGACCUAGCUGGAGCCCUCAAACUGACCGAGACUCAGGUCAAGAUCUGGUUCCAGAACAGGAGAUACAAAACCAAACGGCGACAAAUGGCAGCUGAACUCGCCACAACUCCCACAACAACCCUUGCAAAGAGAGUGGCCGUGAAGGUACUAGUGAGAAAUGACCAAAGGCAAUAUAACACAGAAGAUCUGCCCAGUCCUUCUGUUCCUCCUUUAUACCAAUCAUUCCCUUAUUAUCCCUACAUGUUCUGCUUCCAGCCAUGGAUCUCAGGAAACACUUUAAGCGGUGGGAUGUACUGAUUUAAUGGAGUUAUGAAUGAUUCUGGAGAAACAAAGAGUCAUAAACAACUGCUAUUCAUCCAGAGGGAUUAAAAAUGUUGAAUAUUAAACUGAACAAGAUGCAAAUAAAAGAACUAUGGGGUAUAUUGAUGAUCGAUAUCAAUAAUUUCCACAAAUGAUCAUUAAGCCAAAGCAAAGACAAUUUAUUAUAUUGUUAGUCAUUUGUUGAACGGUGGCCUAUAAAAUGUAUCUGGACAGGUAAUGCACACUUAAAAUUUGAGGCGUGUUUGCUUUAGCUAACAAAAUAUGAAAACCAAAGAGUGGCUGCAAACAAAUUUGGUGGAUCUACGUGAUUUAUUGACAUUUGACAAAGUCAGAAAGAGCACGGAUGAUUUACAACCUAACAAGCUUCUGUUUGUAAAAUGUUGUUUGGCAUGACUUGAUAUUUGUUCAUUAAUUCAAAGGCAGUCUUACACUUUUAAGUGUGGCUGAAAAUGUUAGUUUUUUUAAGUGCAGGUGAAUCGUUUUAUGGAGUGUGUUUUAGCUAUAGUUUGGGGAGUUUUUCUGUUAUUACUUUUUCACAGAUUAAAGUUGUUUAUUUCCAUCACCAU